UUUGAACUUGUUUGUUUAUAUCAUUACUUCGGACAUUUUGGUUUGUCUUUGGUUUGGUAUUUUGGUGCUCUCUUUGUCUUUGGUUUGGUAUUUGGGAGUUUUGCUCCGGGAACCUACAAAAUUGAAGAACGACAUUUGGUCGAUUACUUGUGAAUUACGAAUACAUUUGGUAUCUAAAUUGGGACUUGGUUCUGUUGUUAAUUUGGGUUCGUAAUUUGCGAGUAGAUCGAUAGUCCGUACUUCAAUAACUGGAACGAGCAAAACUUGGACGUAACAUAAAGUUCUUCAAUUAUUGGUUCUGUGUUCAUACCUUGGAUUUUCUGGAUAUUUUGGGUCCAAAUUCCUGGUCUUAUUGGUCGAUUUCGUUUGGAUUAAUUCGGAUUUGUUUUGGUAAUUGAUUAUUUGGAACAACAAAUACGAUGGAAACACGGAGCAAAAGGCUGAAGGAAAAUGACGAAAUGGAUGGUAAAAUUCCUAAAGCUGUUUGUGGUAUGUCUGAUGUUAAUGAUGAUAAAUGUGAUAAUGUUAGUCUUAAUAGUAUGUCCUCUAGCCAGCUAAGUACCUCUAGAUUAAAAUUAGAUAAAGCAUUACUGAGGAAAAGGAAUUUAGAGAAGAGACUCGAAUUAGAACGGCAACUUAAGAUGUUAGAUCUACAAGAAGAGGUUGAUAUCGCUGAACUAGAAUGCAAGGCUAUCGAGGACGAUGAACGAUUACCCGUAGAUAAAUGUGGGAUAAAUGCUAAAGUGGAAAAUUAUUUGGAUUGUGAUACUGGGUGUAAUAAUCACUCAGGGGAGGUAUGUAACAUCUCAAAUGUCGAUUGGGUCGGUGAGCUGAAGGACACGUUACAUACAAUGGUUAGUAACAUGGUUUUACCUAAGAUCGAUAUGAUGUACUUUGAUGGGCAACCGGGUCAGUAUUACCGUUUUAUUAGUCAGUUUAAUAGCCUUAUAGAAAGUAAAUUGUCAGAUAAGGGCCAAUUGUUGUCGUAUUUGUUAUAUUAUUGCAAGGGAAAGGCCAGAACAGCAAUUGAAUCUUGCGUUUCUCUGCCCAGUGAUUUGGGCUAUGAUAGGGCUAAACGAAUUUUGUAUGAUUUAUUUGGUAAAGAACAUCUUGUUGCACGAGAACUAAUUAUUGAGUUAUUAAACCAUAAACCUGUCGGAGGAUCGGCUGACGUAUUAACUGACUUUGCGAUUAAGUUGCGUAAUGUAUGUAUAACGUUGAAGCAAAUGGGAUAUAUGUCUGACGUUAAUUCUACGGCUAAUUUGGAGGUAAUAGUUUCACGCCUACCACUAGAAUUGCAGAAUAAGUGGGUGGAAGUCGCCGAUAAGAUCAUGAUGCAUGGGAAGGAGCCGAGCUUUGAAGAAUUUGUGGUCUUUGUAGAAGAGAGGGCCAGAAUUCCCCGAACCCGUUAUGGUAGAUUAGUACAGUGUAACUCAAGGUUCGGUAAAAGGAAUUCUGAAGGCCAAGCUGAUAGAUCACGCUUUCAUGCAAUUAGACGAGACCCAAAUAGCUCAGUCAAGGUAUCACGUUGUGAAAUCUGCGAAGGUGAUCAUGAGGUGAUAAAUUGUCCAAGGUUAGCAAAAAUGAAUGUAAGAGAAAGGAGGCAGGAGGUAAGAAAAUGUGGUCUAUGUUACUUAUGUUUGAGGAAAGGUCACAUAGCUAUGACAUGCAACUCAGGCAUCAAGUGCGACGUUGAGGAUUGCAAGGUUAGACAUAAUUCAUUAUUGCAUAUUGGUGGUAUUGAUAACCAUGUGGUAAACCUAGCUAAGGAUUGGAACUCUUCAAAGGUUUGUUUGGGGAUCGUUCCAAUCAGACUAUACGGUCCCAAAGGAUGUUUAGAAACAUAUGCACUUCUAGAUAGUGGUUCGGACACUUCUCUUGUAUGUGAAGAAUUAAUUAAUCAGUUGGGUAUUAAAGGUAAAGAGACUUCGAUAAGGGUGGCGACUGUCAACGGAACUACCAAUUGUGAAUGCUUGGAGGUAAAUUUAGAGGUGUUUUCAUUAGAUGAACAAGGUUCUGUAAGGAUCAACAAAGUUUACACGACCAAGAAACUUCCGAUCGAUCAUGCAGCACCUUUAACCGAACUCCAACUGAAACGGUGGAAACAUCUUAAGGACAUAACCCUUCCGAGAUUGCAAAGUAAUUUUGUAGGAAUAUUGAUUGGGUGUGAUGCUCCGGAUGCACAUUGGGUCCUGGAACAACGUCUGGGGGACAGGAAGCAUCCGUUUGCUGUGCGUACUCAUCUUGGUUGGAUGAUUAUAGGUCCUAAGGGAGUAUCAAGGUCUCUACAUCAAGUUCAGUUGUGUCAUUGUUCCACCAAUGAUAUUUUGCGAGAUUUAGGAAGAUUAUAUGAUCAUGAGUUCGAGGAUACAGAUACGUUUCGUAAUGGAUAUUCUGUUGAAGAUAAAAAAGCUCUAGAAAUAGUUAGCAGUUCGUUUAGAUUGGAGGGUGGUCAUUUCCAAGUUGGUCUACCAUGGAAGUAUGAUAAGCCAAGACUACCGAAAAAUUUGGAACUGGCUGAACGCAGACUAGAAUCCUUAAGGAGGAGGUUUAUGAAAGAUAACAGUCUUUUGGAGAAAUAUCAAGUUGUGAUGAAUAAACAUUUAAGAAAGGGCUACAUCAUUGAAGCUAGUGAAGAGGGAUUUGACUAUGAUGCUGUUUGUUGGUAUAUUCCUCAUCAUCCUGUUAUCAACCCUAAAAGGCCUGGAAAAUUGAGAAUUGUUUUUGAUUGUGCGGCUGUCUAUCAAGGUUGUUCUCUUAAUGACCAGCUUUUGAGAGGACCGAAUACUGUAAAUAGUUUAAUUGGUGUACUUCGAUUCAGAUUAGGUAACGUAGCAUUAGCUGCUGAUAUCGAAGAGAUGUUUCUUCAAGUAAAGAUUCCGAGACAAGACAGGGGAGCAUUUCGUCUAUUGUGGUGGGAAGACGGUGAUAUACGACGAACGGCUAAGGCAAGAGCAGCCUCCUCGAAGGUCCAAACUAUACCGCGCUUGGAACUUACGGCAGCAGUUUUGACAGCUCGCAUGGGAUCCCAGCUGCAGUCAGAAUUAGAUAUUAAGUUUGCAGAGGUUAAUUUUUGGACGGAUUCUAUGAUUGUCUUACACUAUAUUAGAAAUGAGAAAAGCCAGUUUAAAACAUUCAUAGCAAAUCGAAUUUCGACUAUUCAGAGUCUUACUAAGGUGGACCAAUCGAGAUUCGUACCUUCUAAAGAAAACAUAUCAGACUUUGCAUCCAGAGGGGUCAAGUUUGACAUUGAUGAUGUCAAGGUAUGGGAGGAGGGUCCACGUUUUCUCAAGAAGCCGAAGGAGUGUUGGCCUGCCGCUGAUGUACAAGGUCCUGACCCUCAUCUAUUGGAAAUAAAGAAAGCAAUGUCGGCGCAUGUAAUGGCUGAAAAAUCCACUGUUGAUCAACUUAAUAAUUAUUAUUCAGAUUGGACUAGAUUACUUAAGGCUGUUGCGUGGUUAACCCGAUUUAAGCGAUAUUUACUGGUAAUGCGUUCUGGUAGAACUGAUCUGUCUCAACAGGUGGGUAUGCUUAGAUUUGAUGGGUUAAAUUUCGCUUGUUUAGAUUUAAUUCUAUAUGUCCAACGCAUAGUAUUUCGGAAAGAGAUUGAAAUGUUAUCGUCUGAUACCAGUAGUAAGGUGAAGAUAACGAAUUCACCGUUACGAACUUUAAAUCCAAUGAUGAUUGGAAGAUGGGCUUUAUGUUCUGCGGACUCAAAUAGUUGUUUGUGUGUGAUUAUGCAAUGGUGCCUGAAGCCAUGUGUUAUGGUUAUUCAUUUUCUAAAAGAACUAGAAGGGUCCAAUGUUACGAUUUGGAAUCAGAAUAGAGAGUUCGCAGUAAAUAAAGGAAUUAAUGGAUUGGUCCUCUAUACGUGUUUAUAUAUCCAUAUUUACGUUAGUGUAUAUGAGCUUCUAUGGAGGAUGAAGCAUUUUGUUAGAUGGUUGAUAUUGCGAUUGUUUAUGUUGGCGCAAAUAUUUUGGAAACGUUUGUCUAAGGAAUAUGUUUCAUUGUUGCAACUUAGACACAAAUGGACUCAACCAGAGAUGAACAUAGGAGAGAGUAACUUGGUGGCGACAUGUACUGGGUUUUUAGAGAAAGACAAAUGGUUAUUAGGUCUGGUAAUGAAAGUGACACCUAAUAGUGAUAGGUUAAGACCGAUGGAGUUGCGGACAAGCGUAGGGAUCUUGGUAAGAGAUAUUAGAAAACUGCGUCUAGAAGUUGUAGAUAUUAGGUAGCUACUCGGAUCCCUAGGCGUACUGGUGUAAGUCCUAGGGAUCACGAGAUUGUUGGUAUAUUGAGUGUUUGUUGUUGAUUGUUUGUGAUGCAUAUACUUGGAUUCUUGUUGUUUAUUUAUUUGUCUGAAAAGAACCAAGGUUCUUUUGGUCGGGAGUGUUACGGGAGAACUGAAGACAUUUGGCGGAUUAAAACCUUUUAUUGUACAUUAAUAAUUUACUGUGCUUUUGGAUGUAAUUGUUUUACUUAACUUUUGAACUUGUUUGUUUAUAUCAUUACUUCGGACAUUUUGGUUUGUCUUUGGUUUGGUAUUUUGGUGCUCUCUUUGUCUUUGGUUUGGUAUUUGGGAGUUUUGCUCCGGGAACCUACAAAAUUGAAGAACGACAUUUGGUCGAUUACUUGUGAAUUACGAAUACAUUUGGUAUCUAAAUUGGGACUUGGUUCUGUUGUUAAUUUGGGUUCGUAAUUUGCGAGUAGAUCGAUAGUCCGUACUUCAAUAACUGGAACGAGCAAAACUUGGACGUAACAUAAAGUUCUUCAAUUAUUGGUUCUGUGUUCAUACCUUGGAUUUUCUGGAUAUUUUGGGUCCAAAUUCCUGGUCUUAUUGGUCGAUUUCGUUUGGAUUAAUUCGGAUUUGUUUUGGUAAUUGAUUAUUUGGAACAACAAAUACGAUGGAAACACGGAGCAAAAGGCUGAAGGAAAAUGACGAAAUGGAUGGUAAAAUUCCUAAAGCUGUUUGUGGUAUGUCUGAUGUUAAUGAUGAUAAAUGUGAUAAUGUUAGUCUUAAUAGUAUGUCCUCUAGCCAGCUAAGUACCUCUAGAUUAAAAUUAGAUAAAGCAUUACUGAGGAAAAGGAAUUUAGAGAAGAGACUCGAAUUAGAACGGCAACUUAAGAUGUUAGAUCUACAAGAAGAGGUUGAUAUCGCUGAACUAGAAUGCAAGGCUAUCGAGGACGAUGAACGAUUACCCGUAGAUAAAUGUGGGAUAAAUGCUAAAGUGGAAAAUUAUUUGGAUUGUGAUACUGGGUGUAAUAAUCACUCAGGGGAGGUAUGUAACAUCUCAAAUGUCGAUUGGGUCGGUGAGCUGAAGGACACGUUACAUACAAUGGUUAGUAACAUGGUUUUACCUAAGAUCGAUAUGAUGUACUUUGAUGGGCAACCGGGUCAGUAUUACCGUUUUAUUAGUCAGUUUAAUAGCCUUAUAGAAAGUAAAUUGUCAGAUAAGGGCCAAUUGUUGUCGUAUUUGUUAUAUUAUUGCAAGGGAAAGGCCAGAACAGCAAUUGAAUCUUGCGUUUCUCUGCCCAGUGAUUUGGGCUAUGAUAGGGCUAAACGAAUUUUGUAUGAUUUAUUUGGUAAAGAACAUCUUGUUGCACGAGAACUAAUUAUUGAGUUAUUAAACCAUAAACCUGUCGGAGGAUCGGCUGACGUAUUAACUGACUUUGCGAUUAAGUUGCGUAAUGUAUGUAUAACGUUGAAGCAAAUGGGAUAUAUGUCUGACGUUAAUUCUACGGCUAAUUUGGAGGUAAUAGUUUCACGCCUACCACUAGAAUUGCAGAAUAAGUGGGUGGAAGUCGCCGAUAAGAUCAUGAUGCAUGGGAAGGAGCCGAGCUUUGAAGAAUUUGUGGUCUUUGUAGAAGAGAGGGCCAGAAUUCCCCGAACCCGUUAUGGUAGAUUAGUACAGUGUAACUCAAGGUUCGGUAAAAGGAAUUCUGAAGGCCAAGCUGAUAGAUCACGCUUUCAUGCAAUUAGACGAGACCCAAAUAGCUCAGUCAAGGUAUCACGUUGUGAAAUCUGCGAAGGUGAUCAUGAGGUGAUAAAUUGUCCAAGGUUAGCAAAAAUGAAUGUAAGAGAAAGGAGGCAGGAGGUAAGAAAAUGUGGUCUAUGUUACUUAUGUUUGAGGAAAGGUCACAUAGCUAUGACAUGCAACUCAGGCAUCAAGUGCGACGUUGAGGAUUGCAAGGUUAGACAUAAUUCAUUAUUGCAUAUUGGUGGUAUUGAUAACCAUGUGGUAAACCUAGCUAAGGAUUGGAACUCUUCAAAGGUUUGUUUGGGGAUCGUUCCAAUCAGACUAUACGGUCCCAAAGGAUGUUUAGAAACAUAUGCACUUCUAGAUAGUGGUUCGGACACUUCUCUUGUAUGUGAAGAAUUAAUUAAUCAGUUGGGUAUUAAAGGUAAAGAGACUUCGAUAAGGGUGGCGACUGUCAACGGAACUACCAAUUGUGAAUGCUUGGAGGUAAAUUUAGAGGUGUUUUCAUUAGAUGAACAAGGUUCUGUAAGGAUCAACAAAGUUUACACGACCAAGAAACUUCCGAUCGAUCAUGCAGCACCUUUAACCGAACUCCAACUGAAACGGUGGAAACAUCUUAAGGACAUAACCCUUCCGAGAUUGCAAAGUAAUUUUGUAGGAAUAUUGAUUGGGUGUGAUGCUCCGGAUGCACAUUGGGUCCUGGAACAACGUCUGGGGGACAGGAAGCAUCCGUUUGCUGUGCGUACUCAUCUUGGUUGGAUGAUUAUAGGUCCUAAGGGAGUAUCAAGGUCUCUACAUCAAGUUCAGUUGUGUCAUUGUUCCACCAAUGAUAUUUUGCGAGAUUUAGGAAGAUUAUAUGAUCAUGAGUUCGAGGAUACAGAUACGUUUCGUAAUGGAUAUUCUGUUGAAGAUAAAAAAGCUCUAGAAAUAGUUAGCAGUUCGUUUAGAUUGGAGGGUGGUCAUUUCCAAGUUGGUCUACCAUGGAAGUAUGAUAAGCCAAGACUACCGAAAAAUUUGGAACUGGCUGAACGCAGACUAGAAUCCUUAAGGAGGAGGUUUAUGAAAGAUAACAGUCUUUUGGAGAAAUAUCAAGUUGUGAUGAAUAAACAUUUAAGAAAGGGCUACAUCAUUGAAGCUAGUGAAGAGGGAUUUGACUAUGAUGCUGUUUGUUGGUAUAUUCCUCAUCAUCCUGUUAUCAACCCUAAAAGGCCUGGAAAAUUGAGAAUUGUUUUUGAUUGUGCGGCUGUCUAUCAAGGUUGUUCUCUUAAUGACCAGCUUUUGAGAGGACCGAAUACUGUAAAUAGUUUAAUUGGUGUACUUCUACGAUUCAGAUUAGGUAACGUAGCAUUAGCUGCUGAUAUCGAAGAGAUGUUUCUUCAAGUAAAGAUUCCGAGACAAGACAGGGGAGCAUUUCGUCUAUUGUGGUGGGAAGACGGUGAUAUACGACGAACGGCUAAGGCAAGAGCAGCCUCCUCGAAGGUCCAAACUAUACCGCGCUUGGAACUUACGGCAGCAGUUUUGACAGCUCGCAUGGGAUCCCAGCUGCAGUCAGAAUUAGAUAUUAAGUUUGCAGAGGUUAAUUUUUGGACGGAUUCUAUGAUUGUCUUACACUAUAUUAGAAAUGAGAAAAGCCAGUUUAAAACAUUCAUAGCAAAUCGAAUUUCGACUAUUCAGAGUCU